AUGCCUGCUCAAUACUUUUUGCUAACAUACAUUAUCACAUAUGAUGGAUAUUAUACACCGAACAUUCGUUAUAACAUAAUUAAGAAAGCAACAGGAAUUACAGUAAAUAUUGAACCCAGGCCUGUUUUGUUGAGCGAUUUUGAUGUUGUCGAGGUAUCUGCAUGCAAUUCGACCAUCUUUGUAGAAUUAGUACAACGAUCCAUUCAUACAAGGCGUGUUGCAAUUAAUAAUCGUUUCACAGCAACAUUAUUUAAAAAACGAUUUUUGACUCAAGGACAACAUUCUGGUGAUACCGAAAUUCGCCACGUUACAAAGCUACUUGAUGUUGAUAAGCUAUGGGAUAUGGGAUAUAAAGGGCAAGGUGUGAAGGUAGCAGUUUUUGAUACGGGCCUUGGCAAGCAUCAUCCUCAUUUUCGGCAAAUUAUCGAACGUACUGAUUGGACAAAUGAGAAAACAGCUGAUGAUGGCCUCGGUCAUGGUACUUUUGUUGCUGGUCUAAUAGCUAGUUCAGAUCGUAGAUGUGAUGGAUUUGCUCCUGCUGCUAGCAUUUAUGUUUACAAAGUCUUUACAAAGAAACAAGUUUCAUUUACUUCAUGGUUUCUUGAUGCUUUCAACCAUGCCAUAUUACGGGGUAUAAAUGUCCUGAAUCUGAGUAUUGGUGGUCCAGAUUUUACUGAUCUUCCAUUCAUGGAUAAGGUAUGGGAACUGACGGCAAAUGGAAUUAUCCUCAUUUCAGCAAUUGGAAAUGAUGGACCGAAAUUUGGGACUUUGAACAAUCCAGGAGAUCAAAUGGAUGUUAUUGGUGUUGGUGGUAUAAAUAUUGAUUCUAAAAUUGCACGUUUUUCAUCACGUGGAAUGACCACUUGGGAACUACCAGGUGGUUAUGGGCGAGUUAAACCGGAUAUAGUCUCCUACGGUUCCUCCGUCUAUGGUUCUGCCUUAGACGGGAAUUGCCGUGCUCUUUCUGGUACUUCCGUUGCGUCACCGGUAGUCGCUGGAGCGGUAGCUGUAAUGCUGAGUGGUAUCGAAGAUAAGCGUUUGUGGAAUCCAGCAGUUGUAAAGCAAGCAUUAGUGGAGGGUGCAACUAGACUUCCGAAUGUGGCAACGAUGUUUGAACAAGGUGCUGGUAAAAUGAACAUUCUUGCGUCGUUCCAGUUCAUGCGGCGAUAUUCUCCAAGAAUAACGUUCAUUCCACCUUAUAUCGACUUCAAUGAAUGUCCUUAUAUGUGGCCAUAUUGUAGUCAACCGCUUUACGCUUCUGGUAUACCGACUUUCAUUAAUGUUACGGUCGUAAAUGGAAUGAGUGUAUCUGGUCGAAUAAUGGCGAAACCGGUAUGGGAGCCAUUUCUGGAUGAAAAAGGUGAUUUGCUGAAUGUUUCAAUAAUACAUUCGGAUUUCUUAUGGCCAUGGUCAGGUUAUAUGGCAGUUGCAAUAAGUGUUAUGCCAAAUGGAUGCAAUUAUGAUGGAACUGCAAGCGGACGGAUUACUGUUACAGUGGUGUCAGAAGAACGAGGUGGACAAAAGUAUUCAACCGCAGUGUUUCCAAUACGAGUUCGUAUCAUUCCGACGCCCCCAAGGAGCCAGCGUUUGUUGUGGGAUCAGUAUCGAAACAUUCGUUAUCCACCAGGAUAUUUUCCACGUGAUGAUUUGCGUGAAAGAACAAAUAUACUAGAUUGGAAUGCUGACCAUCCACAUACUAACUUCAAACCCCUUUAUCAGCAUCUUCGGAGCAGUGGUUACUACAUUGAGGUAUUGGGCGAACCUCUCACAUGUGUGGAUCUGAGUCAGUAUUCAGUUUUUUUAAUUGUUGACCCAGAGGACGAAUUCUUCCCUAGUGAACGACAGAAGCUUUAUGAUGAAGUAAAUGAUGCUAAUUUGAAUUUGAUCAUUUUCGCGGAUUGGUACAAUACGUCCGUAAUUGAUAAAAUUCGAUUUAUGGAUGAAAAUACCAAAGAAUGGUGGGAACCAGAAACAGGUGGAACAAAUUUGCCAGCUUUAAAUGAUCUUCUUAAGGAAUGGAAUAUUUCAUUAAGCGCUCAUGUUCUGGAUGGUUUCGCUACUAUAGGGCAAAUACCAGUGAAGUAUUUGUCAGGAACAUCAAUAUCUAAUGCUCCACCUCAUGCUCUCAUUGCAUUAUCAGAUUUAAUUGAUUUGGGUGAAGAAAUAAUAGCAGAUACAAAAGCUGAUCAGCCGUAUAAAGAAGCCAUUUUCCUGUACUAUAAAAAUGACAUUUCAUCGAAAUCGUCCGGCUUUGUGGCAGUUUUUGGUGAUAGUUCAUGUCUUGAAAUGGGCACAACAUCGGAUGCAAAGAGUUGUAUCUUUUUAUUGGAAGCACUUCUUGAAAGUGCUUUAGAAGGUGAUUUGAUCGAAAGUUUGCGUCAGUCACUUGUAAUUGCCGGUACUACAUCAUCUUGGAUGAAAUCGCAGAAUUUACCCCUUCCAAAAAGACUGACUACUUCGAAUUUCGCGAAAUAUUCGAAAGUUAUAAUGGACAUCUCAGCAGAUGCUGAACCAGUAUAUCGAGAAGAUCCAAAAUGUCGGAUUCUAUGGACUGCUGUUUCAGAGCCUGUCGCCAACGUUACCCUUCCGUCUGAUUUGAGUGGCGAUCAUUUGAAGGAUGAUCGUUCAGAUCUUCCAGGUGAAAAUCAACUUUCGCAUGAACUAAGUUCUGUGCAGCUUCAUGAAAUCGUCGAAUUUUUCGAUACGAGUGUGGAAAAUAAUGUUCAACAAACGUAUCCGUUAAGUUUUAACGACCGAAACUAUGGAUUUAUACUAUGGGGCUUCAUUUUCCUUAUUAUAAUUAUCAUCUACUGUCGUAUCAUGGUACGCCGGCCAGUUGUACGUUUUCGAAUUUUUCGAUUUAUGUUAAGACGGUUCCGGUUGUUCUGAUAUCUCCGUUUAAUUAUCUGUUCAUUUAUUAAUUUUCUUGCAUUUUUCUGGUGCGUUAUUCUUCAUUUUAUACAGUUUUUGUCAAUGAUGGUAACACUGUGGUAUCAGUUGGUACCAUUAAUAGUACUAUUUAAUGACAUAGCUUGUACUGGAAAGGGUGUUUCGUUCUGCUCAUACUAACAGAUAAGCUUAGGCUUGGAAGUCUUCCUUGCAGUCAGAAGAAAAAUAGAAUGUCAUUAAGUUGGGGAAUAAAUGGAUGAAAAGGAAUUUUGAUGAUAAAAGUUUGUCAAAACAAAACAUGACCAAAAUGAGCUAUUAGAAAAUUGGUAAAUCAUGGGAACGAA